AUGUCUGUCGAGGCAAAGCCUUUGUCCUCCGAGUUCGGCACCUAUGUGCCUGGUGACGCGGACGACAACAUUUCGGUGAGUGUGGUUUCUCUUGUUUGGUUGUUGAGAAAAUGUCGGGAAACCAUGAAGAAAUUGAGUAAUUUGUUUACCGGAAGGAUCCAAUUCGACAACAUUCUAACAAGGGGUGCAUUGAUUCAUUGGCAGACCAACACAAGACACACUGGUUCACCAAUUGCAAGCCUCUUCUUUGUAAUUGGUCGAUGGUUCGUUCAUGUAAAGCCAACCAAGUAG